AUCCCUCCCACCCCAGACACCAUGUGCGACACCAGCUGCUCCACUGGCUGCCAGCCGGCCUGCUCCGUGCCCAUCUGCUGCAAGCCCGUCUGCUGUGUCCGUCCCUGCUGCCGCCCGGCCUCCUGUGUGGCCCUGCUCUGCCGCCCAGCCUGCCCCGUGGUGACUGGCUGCGAGGCAGUCUGUGGAGCUGGCAGCAGCUCCCCCUCAUGCUGUGGAGGCAGCCCCUGCCAGGCUGGUCCCUGCCAGUCCACCUGCUGUGUGUCCAACCCUUGCCAGUCCACCUGCCUCCAGGCUGGUCCCUGCCAGUCCACCUGCUGCCAGGCAGUCUGUGGAGAUGGCAGUGGCUCCCCCUCCUGCUUUGUGUCCAGCCCCUGCCAGUCCACGUGCUGUGUGCCUGUAUGCUGCAAACCCGCUCUGUGUGUGCCCGUGUGCUGCAAGCCUGUCGCAUGUGGGUUCCCGUCUUGCCAGGUCUCCUGCUGCAAGCCAGCUUCCUACACAGCCUUGGUCUGCAGACCCACCUGUGCCCCCUCCUGCUGCUGCUGAACAGGCCAUCCACUCAUGGUUCAAUGAAAUGAGAUGGGAAACACCCUGACUUAGGUCACUGUGGCCACAGCUCUGCUGGUCCCCUGGAACACUGGACGCCUUCACUGGCCACACAAAGCAGGCCGUUGAUCCAGUCCACAGGGGCUUCCAUUUCCCCCAUCCCCUCCCUGAAAUCCCCAGAGCAGAAUCCUGGUGGGCUGACACUUUGGCUCUGCUCAUCGUCCACUUCACCUGAGGGCGGGGCUCGUCUCUGAGGGUUUGUCCCAUUGCACAUUUGCUGUUGGAGUCUGCCUUGGCAAGCUAAUAAACCGUUGUAAUCUGCCACAUAGA